CAUGAUUUUUCUUUCGUGAAUAUAUUUACGGUUUAAGAGAAUUAAAGCGCACAGAUUACAAUUUAAUCUUUGGUAUUUCAUUAUAUUUUACAUAUUUUAUGUAAUGGGAUCAAAGAAAACGAAUCGUUCGAGUCGCGCGCUAAUUGCCGCUUGUUUAGCACACUUAGGUUCAGGAGUUGUUCAAUCCGUCACCUCUUUCCUAUUGUUUAAGUUUAAUGGCAUUCUGAUUAUAGCCGGAUGGGAUGCUGUGUCUGCCGUUGGGAACUUCACAUUCGGAGGGGUUCUUUUCAUAAAACGGAAGCAAGCACGCCAGGAAACGAACUCGGAAGAAACAAAAGAAACUCCUGGGAAUCCCGAAGGAAACUCCAAGAAAAUUUUGCUGGGUUCUUGCGUAUUAAACAUAUUAUCACUGAUCUUGCUGUCCUUUUUUGAUGGAGUUACUUGGGAUUUUAGGAUUUCAAAAGAGAAGUCUUCUACGGCAGCUUCGACGAGACAACCGGAAAAAAUUACUUCAUACGCUUACGUCGCUUCUUUGAUCAUACCGGCGAUAUUGAUAUUAAUAUGUCUUCUUACAAUCUGUCUUUUCAAGUUAUAUUCCAACAAAAACAAUUCUAUGGCAGAAAUUUCUAUGGAAGAGCUAAGUUCGGUUACCAUCAGACCCGAAUGCUCCUCGGGAAGAGAGAAGAGAACGCCUUUUGUGGUGGUGACCCCUUUCGUACGUGCCGAGCAAAAACCUAAUCGCGGUAUUUGGCAAUAUACCAGAAACUCCAGCCAUCCGGAAUUAACUAUAAUCCCCGAAAAUAAACAAGAAAUUGAAUCUCCGAUUAACAGGGAGACUUCAAAAUAUGUUCGAGAAGUUUUUCAUUGUCCGCAGAUGCACGAUAAGGAUUCGCUCAUUAAUUUAAGUCCUUUGGAGUUAAUGGCUCGACACCAGAGAAUGCGAGACACGUUAAGGAAAUAGAAAAACAUUGUAGAAGAAAUCUCGGCUAGAAAUUUUUGGGUGUGUUUAUAUCGAAGAUUAGUUUAAAUAACAACUUUGCAGUGUGUAAUUAAUACUUGUUGACGAGACAAAUUAAUAUUUAAAAAAAAUGGAGAGAGGAUGUCCCGAGGAGGAAGCGCUGUUUUGUUUCUAGCUGGGUUUAACGAUGACGUGGCGACAUUAACUGGUUUUUCGUUUCAACAUCGGCGCCUCUGCUAUAUAACAGCGCGAUUCUAAGCUUUGGUAGAGACGGUCAGGAGAUAGGAGAGGAAAGGAAUUGUAGAAAGUCAGAGAAUCUUUACGCAUUGCAGUUUGGUUCGGUUGGAAGACGAGGAACAGGUCCGACAUACAGUCGACCUCGAUUAGAAUGUCCCCGAUUUAACGGAUCUCGAAAACGACCGAUCGAAAAUUAGCGGGAUCCGAAGCGGGUGAUAAGACUUUAAAAAGAAUUGAGCUUUCAACUGGAAUAUCUUGUUCUAGUUUACGGCGUAUCUGUCAUUCGGACUGUUAAAUAUCUCUUUAGACAAUGCCGAAUAAGGGUAUUUUAAUUACGACAGCGGCGCGUUAUACUUUCGUGGGGCCCGGGCAAAUUUGAAUUAGGGGUUGACUUAAGACAUUUUUCUCCGAGGGAAAUUUAUUUAAUAGACAAUGUCAUUCUGGAAAAUGCCUUUUUGCCUACAGGAUAACGUUUCAUCGAGUUUAUACUGUAAUACGAAUCGAAAUAUCGCGAAGCAUUGUAAUUAAUUUAAAUAUAAGUCUAAAUUAAUUGUCUAAUACGUAGGAAUACUUUAUUAUUAUUAAUUAUUAAACGCUUUUAAGAACACGACACAAUG